ACAAAUAAUUUGGCUGAUCUGUUUGUGCAUGUUGGUGAACGUCACGGCCGCGUCAUUAUCAUUGUCUAGGUUGUUGAUGUUUCAGAUCCACAUUAAAACUAAUUAAAAAAUAGUUAAAAUGGAAUUGAUGAAUAAUUUUAUAAAUAAUCAGUUAACGUUAUGUAUUCCAGUUGCUUUAGCUCUCGUAAGUGUUAUCUUAGUCUUCGUUUUUGGAUUUAAAUCGCCAGAGCAACCGCAGUUCGAUAAACUUACCCUAAUUUCUAACGAAGAACGAAGAAAUUUCACUAAAAAACGGAAAACAAAAGAAAAUAAGAAAAGUAACGGACACGUUAAUCAAGACAAUUCAAAAAAUGAGAAGGUAAAAGAAAAAAACAUUAAGAAAUCUCCUAGUAAAGAAAACCAAGAAACCCCUAAGCAAAAGAAGGAUAAAAAGUCUGAUGCUAAAGAAACUAAAUUAAAUGAAAAUAAGACAGACGUUGUAAAGGCAAAAAGUGACGAUGUAAAACCUAAGAAGGCUGCCAAGAGUAAAGUACCAGUAAGCAAACCUGUGGACUUUGAUGAUGAUGGCUGGGAAACAAUUCCCAAAAAGAAUGACAAAAAGAAAAAACAAGAAACCCCGACUAAGAAGGAGAACCCAAACAAAUCAUUGAAGACUUCUGAGAAAGAAAAGAAAGACGAUUUGAAGAAUCAAGAUAGUGAUAAAGAAAACAGAAUUGAAGUAGUACUUCAAGUAAUUACUCAACAAUAUUCUCUAAAGGCAGAUAAAGUUGAAAUAACAAAAGCCGAAGAAGUUAAAGGAAAAAAAGAAAAGAAAGUAAAGAAACCCAAGGAGAAUAAAGUAGAAAAGUCUGAAGAAAAUGAAGUUCAACCUGAUUCAGCUCCUAAAUUGCAAGAAACUAUUGAGGUGAAGAAAAUUGAAGAUGUUAAAGAGAAAAAAACAAACAAAAAGCCAAAGGAGGUCUUGCAAGAUAAAGAACCCAAUGUUGAAGAAGAAAAACCAAAAGAAAUUUUGGAAACACCAAAGGAGGUUAAUGCUGAAGAAAAGAAUGCUGACCAACCUCAAGGUAGUGUAGUCUUUGAUGAACUUGGGGAAAGUUGGACUGAAGCAAAAAUGGUAAAAAAGAGCAAAAAGAAAGCCCGCAGGGACAACUAAUCAAACUUGCAUUAACAGGCAACACUCUCAAAAAUUGAUUACAAAAAUAAUAAUAUGAGAGUAAAGGUAUGUGAUCACAAUCAUGCCAUGAGACUGAGAUCUCCGUUAUUCAUAAUUUAAAGACUUAAAAUAACCAAUAAAAAUUUAAUUUGUGACAAAAAGAAAUUAACACCAAUUUAAAAAGUUUGUCUUAUUAUGUAAAAAAUUUUCGGCUGUAUUUCUUGGAAAAUUUUGUGUGAAGCUUAAUGUGAACGCUGGCCAUUGUGUAAUAAUCGUAUCUGUACAUUAUGUGAUUGCCUUAAAAAUAAUAGUCAUAUCUGUGUAUGAAAAUUACCUUAUAAUUUUUUUUAUGCAAUUACUGUUUUUUACGUUUAGUUUGGAAAAAAGAUUAAUCUUCCCAUUUCCAAAAAUAAAUUAAUUUGACUAUUAGUACAUUCUGUUAAAUAAAUUCAUUAGUUAAUUAGCUUAAAACUUUUCUACUUUAUUUAUUUUAAAGUAUUGCAAAUAUCGAUAUCUUUUUUUUUUUUAAUUUUGAAGAUAAGCUUUGAAAUAGGUGAAAAAUGAAAUGAGUAAGUACAUAUAAAAUUAAGGUUACACUUUUUUAAAAAUAGGGUAUAUCUACUUAAUGCUUCCAUCAAUAUUGUUUUCAUUUUAUCAAUAUAAUUUUCCAGAUUCAUAAACUUGGCUAUUUAAAGAAUUUUGCGCAAAAUCGCUGAUUCAAACUGCACACGUUUGGGGAUUUAAAAGAAAACUUGACUGUUGAAAGUAUGCAAAAAAUAAUGAUAACGUUAAGUAGGCAUGCUCUGAAGUUAAAAAGGGUACCUACCUAGAAUUUUAGUUGCACUCGUUUCAUUUUUCACUAAUGUUCAAAGUAGUUUUUGUGAAAUCCAUCGCCCUUAAAGCUUGAGACAUUUUUCUAAUACUAUCAAAAAUAUUUAAAGAGGCGAACUCUGGUACAUACAGAGUGAUCCAUUUUUGUGAUUCAAUAUCUAAAUUUUAGGUUUUAUUUAAGAUACUUAAAUUGUUCCCGUAAUGUGAAUAACUUCGUAUAUUUCUUGGUGCAUUAGAGCGGAAUAAAACUAUCUUACGUUGAGUAAGUUUAAUUUAAGCAGUAAUUCUCCUGAUUAAAAUUUUCGGCUAUUUUACAUACAAUAUGAUACUUCCAGAAGGAAAUAAAUACCUCAGUAUUUUUCUAUGUAUACAAAUUUAUAUAUAUUUCACAAAAAUAUAUAGAUAACAUUAAAUUGCUUCCAAACAAACUCAUUUAUUACAAACGACAAUUUUUCUACACUUUUUUAACCGCUAACGAAAAAUUACUUUCUUCGCAUAAAAAAUAUUACUUUAAAAUGCUUAUGGUGUUUAAUAGACGAAUUAGUUUGAAAUGGUUUUUCUUAUAUGUAAGUAGGUGUAUUUUGGGAAAAUAGACGUUAAAAAAUGCUUUUAGAAACUAAUUUUACCCUGCAUUCCAUUUUUUUAUUUCAUUUUGUUUACUGUAAUGUUGAAGGUGUAAAUUUUAAAAUUUUUGUUGGUGUUAGGUUUACAAAAAUAUUUUAAGUACUUUAUGCGUUGUCAUGAUAUUUUAAUGAAAUAAAAGCCUUAAGGCCAGGUAUACUUGUGUUAAUAAUAUAAGAAAACUUUUUAAUCUUCCACACGUUUUUCUAGCUAAACAUUAUAUCUGUGUCUUUUUGUGUCGAGUUUGUAUUUUAUAAUUUUUAAAAUUUAUAGUCACUGCUACCAAUUUUAAUGUCUUCCAAAAACUUUUUUUAGUCAAUAUUUGUUUCAUAUUAUUUUUUUCAUAUUAGAUAAUUUAUAGUUAACUUUAAUUGUAUUACUUUUAUUUUUAUGUUGCCAUUUGGUGUAUAGUUUAAUUGGGAUUUUUUAUUAAUUAAUAGAACGUUUUAUAAUAUUAGGUUGAUGUAUGAAGCGGUCAUUUUUAUGUUUGUUAAGAAAAUAAUAAAACGAAUAUAUUUAAUUUAAUAUUAAUAAACCUAGAAAAAAAAAUGUUAUUCUACAAUCUAUCCAUCUACUUAUACAUCGAUGUAAUAACGACCUGAUAGAAAUUUUUUAAAUACGUGUUUAAUAAGUGUUUACUUCUUUUCUAUAUAAAUAGUGUACAUUGUAAUGGCAAUAACAAAUUGUUAAUCAAUUUAUUUAUGUAAGAAUAGUACAAGAAGGAAAUGUAUAUUUUGAAGAAAUUGAAAUUUAUCUUUUAAUAAUAUAAUUAACGAAAGGAAUAACAAAUAGUAUCGUAUGUAUCAUAACAUAUUAUUUUCAAAGUCUCCAUAGUUUUCUAUCUAUUGUGUAUGUACAUAAACAGACUUUACGAUGUUAUAUAAGAGUGGUUACAUUUUUACCGUUGUCAACUUAAAAUAUGUGGAUUUACUUUACUACUGCUUUGUUUGUAUAAGCGGGUUCUUAUUUUUAUUUAGAUCUUGUGAAUGUGAAACAUCAUUUAGCGCGCCUAAGGGCUAACCGACUCAAGCGUGGCAAGACGGGGCGAUCGUCUUCUCGCCCUCACAACAUUUUCACUUGCACUAUUACACGUGUACACACUACUUCAUUUGUAGUAUUUAUGUGAUUUAAAAACAAGAGCGUCGACAAAAAUAUUAACGACUUAUUUCUAUUUCCAUUUUCACUUGCUUCAGUAAUAACGAGUUUCGAUGUUUCACAUCACCUAGAUGUCUUGUCAUAGCGAAUUUUCUUCUUUCUUAUAUCUUUCGAGGGACAGAGCAGUUUUACUACCAUCAAGAUGUACUAAAACUGUGCAAUACUUACACCUGUUCUCUAUCUAAAGUAGGUACACUUUAUUGUUUGGAAGUGCUAUUAAUCGACCAUGAAACUCUAUAUGCUUUCCUUUUCUGGACAAUAUAAUAAACAAAAGAAAUUGUCGUAUUAUUAGUGUUAUUUUAAUAGAAGUUUAUUCAAAUUAUAAAAAUAUAAAUGCAAAUAUUAACUGUAGGCCCUGUGUAGAACGGGUUUCUAAAGACAAAAAAUUAAUUAUUUCCCAUCUAAAAAAUAAAUAAUAAUUCUCUUUAAUGUAUUUUUAUAACAAAUGAUCACAAGUUUAUUUUAAUUUUUGCUGUUGCUUAUUGAGGGAGGGCUUUAUUCAUAUGCGUUUACAAGAAGAUAUGUCUGUGUAUAGCUUUCGAUAUUGUAAAUAGUACUUACUUUAGUAAACUAUUUAUAUGUGUGUGGUUUGUCACAAUUAUGGGGACCAUUUUUAAAAAUAUAUUUUAAAAUACA